AUGGCGGACGACUUCUACAAGAAUCCGGAGGCUAUGCUACGAGCCUUGGGUAUGGGUGGCCCGGGAGGCUUCCCUAUGCCCGAUAUUGCUACACCAGAUUCCGUUCGCAAACAACGCAACGAACGCGUUGCGAACAUCUUCAAGGAUUAUCGCCUGCUACAAAACAUUCUGGAGGGGUACGAGAGUACCAUACAGAAACGUUGGCUGAAGAAGACCAAAGAACAGAAACGCAGAAUUCUGCUUGCGGCUUGGGAGGAUCUGACCAAACCGAAGACUCUUCUUCUGUUUCUGAAUGCGCGUGGUCGCAACCCGCCUUCGGACUUUGCUGCUGCUGACUUCGAAGCCAUGCACAUCGGUGUGAUCAACCAUGCCAUUUCUCCAGUGUUUCUGAAUGAGUAUGUAAUACUCUUCAAUGGCAAGACUGAAGAAUCCGAGUACGGUCAACUACUGUCCUGGGACGAUCAUCCCGAUGCUUUCCAGUGGCUACACACUCGCAAACACAUGCAGCCCGGCGAAGGUCUAUUGAUCCUUGAGUCUCAAGAAAAGACAAUCGACUUCCUCGUGAAGUGCGCCAAAGAGAUUCUACACGAUGUCAGCAUGGACAACCUGCUGGAGUCACCUUUCCAACCAGCACCGCCUUCUAUAUCCGAGCAGGAGACAGGUCUGGCGUCGUUAGCCUUGAUGAAAGCCGAAGCUGCCUAUCGACUGCCCGCCCGACUCGACUGGAACCGCAUCCAAAGUCUCUUAGCGGCCAAGCGUGAUGCUGUAGAAGACCACUUGUGGUCACUCCGAGAAGACCCAUCGUACUUCUCGUACACCAUGCGCGACGCCCGAGAGCAUCGGCAAGAGAUGCUGAAAGAUGCACGAGAUCAAACUCAUCCGGUCUUCCGGUUCAACAAGGAGGAGAUUCUAUGGGCCCGUGUCAUAGGUGAUGAGGUGACGAUCGCGCAUAUCCUACUUGAGCAGUGGACCGAGCUGCACAGGCGAUCAGUCGAGCUCGGAGAGCUGGAAAAGAAGUAUGCUUCCGAGAUCAAAGCAGAAGAUGACCUUCCAGAGGAGUAUCUCUUCGCCAUCCUUGGUUUCCGACAUGUUUUGACGCAGUUCACACAUGGUCCCAUCGGUCAGCUGAAAGUCUCAUUCCUUGCAUCCCCUCCAUGGAGAAAAUACUUCGUGCACCAGCCUCACGACGAUCCUAAGCAGACCUCAAACGUCCUCGUGUCCAAGCCCGGUGUUCACCUCCAAGACCCGGAGCGUAUCAUCCUAUGGCUAGUCCGCACACUCUGGCAGGACGAGAGGACAGUAUUUCUUCUGAGGAUGACCAACAUUGUGGAUCAGCUUCAGCACAUCAUCGACUCAGAUCCCCAGCCAAAGGACCUCAUAUCGUCGUAUGUGGCAGCACAAAUCGCCAACAUGUUCGAGGACCAGUUGGUAGACCUGCAGGACGAUAUCGAUGCGGACUUCGACAAGCGCCGCCAGCCAUGGGUGCGGCUCUUUAAUGCUACCAAGGGCAGUGAGACUUUGUUAGCCCGUUAUGGAGCACCCACGGAUGGUCGAUUCGAGUAUCCUGUCCAGAAGCGUAGGACGAAGGAGAAUACGGAUACUGCGACUCGGCGAUUGAUGUUGCAGCCUAGGCUGCUGCAGCGGACGCCUGAGUGGGUUGAACCGGAGUCUAAGCAGGGGAAGAAAGGUGCUCCUGCAAAUGACACAAUAGAGGCUCUCUGCAAGCCACUUUCCGAAAUCUACUUCGAUCUGGAGCGGCGGACUGAGAGCACAACCAAGAAAGAUCCCGCAGCACACCAGUCAAAGACAAAGCAAAAGACCCGCGGCGUAGGCGCUCCUGAACCCUCCACUGCAAACGACGCCACCGCACAGUCCAACCUCAUCUCCCUAGACCAACAGCCAACCUUCGAAGUCGACGCCCGCGCCCUCAAAGUCUUCAGAACCAUCUUCUACACACCCUCUUCCAACUCCAACCCCGGCGAGGUCCCAUGGAUGGACUUCGUUCACGCUCUAGUAUCGACAGGCUUCAAGCACGAGAAGUUGUACGGAAGCAUUUGGCAGUUCAGCCCGACGAGGCUGGAUGUAGAGAGGAGUAUACAAUUCCACGAGCCGCAUCCGAGUCCGAAGAUCCCGUACUGGGUUGCGAGACGGCAUGGGAGGCGGCUUAAUAGGGCGUAUGGAUGGGAUGGGGAGAUGUUUAGGUUGGCUGAGAAGAAGGUGUGA